AUGGCGUCGGCACUGUCAAGCCUCGUGUCGCAUACGAACCUUCGCUCGCUCCUCAUCUUCGCGCUCUUCGCAUGCUUCGCCUUCCUCUCCGUGGAGAUUGGUUACAAUUUCCGUUACACCGCCACCGACGCGCACGUCGCAGCGCACUCCGCGGCGUCCCUGUUGCUCCCGCGGUACCACCAGCAGCCGGCGCAACCGCGGCCGGGGGAGAGCGCGGAGGAGGUGCUUGGGAAGCUGCGCGCGGAGAUCGAGAAGCAGCAGCUGCGCACGGCGAAGCGCCAGCUCUUCCGCGACGAGGUGCGCACGCUUAUGGACGAAAUCGCGCGGCUUAAAGCGAAUCACUCGGGGCCAAUCAAAGCCGAGGAUCUCAAAACCUUCGCCGACAUCAGCAACAACACCAGGGGAGGAGGGGGAGGAGGAGGGGAACUCAGUGGCUCUGUUUCCGACGCUGCCGCUGCAGCUGAGUUGGCGAAAUGCGAGGCGUCUUUGCAAGAGUGCCGAGAGAGUCUCGGGCAGGCUGGUGGAGCGGAGGGGACUGGAGGGGAGGCCGGGGCUAACGGUGCUGCUGCAACCAAUGGUAAUGCGGCGGCAAUGGCCGGUGCAGCGACUGGGUCUAGUGGUUCUGUGCCGGCUGCGGCUGUGGCGAUGAGUGAGAGUGAGAUGCUGGCAGCGCUGCAGACACAGUGUGAGCAGCAGCAGAUUCUGAACGAGCGGUUGCAGCAGGAGAGAGAGAGGCUGGCGGCUGCAGUGGCGCAUUACUCAAGGAGCACCACAGACUGCAAUGAUACUGGCGUCGCUCUGAGCGUCAGGGCGAAAGCCAGCGACGGGGGAGACGGAGCAGCGCCGGUUGCGGGGACGGCCCCGGAUAUGGCGGUCCCGCGAAGCGCGGAGCAGGCGGUGAAUCAGGGGCUGGAGCUGUACAAGAAAGGGCGCGUCCGCGACGCGCUGAGGCGGUUCGAGAUGGCGCUCGAGAUGAAGCCCUCCGAGGAAGAAGCGCAGGCCGCGCUCUAUAACAAGGCGUGCUGCCAUGCUUUCAGGGAGGAAGGCGUGCAGGCGCAGGAGGCGCUGCGCGAGGCUCUGCGGUACGGGCUGCAGUUCAGCGUCAUUCUGAGCGACCCGGAUAUGGCGGCGUUCCGCGCCAUGCCGGAAUUCAGAGCGCUUCAGGAGGAGGCAAGGCAGGGCGGCGAGGAAGUGGGCGGCAAGUUUCGGCGGGACUUGAAGCUGAUAGCAGAGGUGCAGGCGCCGUUCAGAGGAGUGAGGAGGUUCCUGUACGUGGCGCUGGGCAUGGCUGCUGGCAUCGCCACCGUCAUCACCAUCCCCCGGUUCAUCCUGGCCGUCCAAGGAGGGGUGGACGCCCCAGAUCUGCUCACCACUAGUGGCAACCUGGCCAUUGACCUGGGAGGCGGGGCGGCGAUGGUGGGGCUGUACCUGUGGGAGCAGCGGCGAGAGGAAGAGCAGAUGGGGCGCGUGUCACGUGACGAGACGCUCUCCCGCCUGCCCCUCCGCCUGCAGUCAGGCAAGGUGGUGGAGCUGGUGCAGCUCAGAGGCACCACACGCCCGUCGGGCAAGGUGGUGGAGCUGAGACGCUGGAGUAGGGAGGCGGUGCAGCAGGCGAUGACUUUUCAGUUGCAGUCCCAGCUUGUGGGGACUGGAGCUGCAGUCCCAGCUUGUGUUUCUAUCGGGGUGCAGGGAGAUGGUGCAGCAGGCGAUGAAGCGCGCGGAGGGAAGUCGGUUUUGAGAAUUCUUGAUCGUACUGUGUGCGUGCAGGUGAUUCUGUCGGGGCGCAAGGAGGCGGUGCAGCAGGCGAUGAAGCGGGCAGAGGGGUACCGCAAGCAGCUGCAGGAGCGCGGCGUGCUGCUCGUGCCCGUGCUGCAGAGCAAGGGCGGUGGUGUGCUGGCGGAGAGCAAGAAGAAAGGGUUUGCUGCUGUCAAGAAGCCUGCUGCCACACUGGAAUCCCUGUGCGAGUGGCAGGAGGAGUUUGAGGAGAAGGCGAGGGAGGCGGCGGCGAAGAGAGUGGCAGAGGCGGACAGACGACUCAAGGCUGAAGUCGUGUCUCCCAAGGAAUGGGACCAAUGGGUGCGGUCGCAGCAGAAGGCGGAGAAGGUGGUGGAGGGCAGCGAUGCCUUCAUCGUGCUGCGACUGGACGGCCGAGUCAGGAAAUCAGGCACUGGCAUGCCUGACUGGGCGGAUCUCAUCAACGAGCUACCUCCUCUUGACAGCCUAGUCAGCAAGCUUGAGCGCUGA